CACAGGUGAUGGACUGUCAUGAGCAUGCGCGAGUGCGUCAGAAGAGGUUAAGUUAUUAUAGGGUCUCUAGUCACGUGCUGUGCGCAGAGCCAAGAAGAUUGCAGUCAUGCGUAAAGAAGUUUAAUCCCUAGCAGUUACUAGUUCCACUAGCAAUACUACGCAUUCCUAUAAUAAUUUGGCGCGUGUAUUUCAGUUCAGUGUGUGUCGAUCGUUGAUCCAUGUGAGAAACGACGAUGAGAUUAGAAUGCAAUGUUGAAGUCAACUACAGAACACUUACCGAAUGUUUACCUGUCGUGAAGCCCACGAAGGAAAGAUCGCAUCGCUCUAUAUUAGCAUUCUCUAGGAAAUCUGAAAAUGAUGAACCGUACUUGCUUUUGCAAACGCGAAAGAACAAACAAGGCACCAAGUACAAGAUUAUUGACAACGUAGCACACAUGUUCACAAAAUUUAUCAACAAUGGCAAAGCUACGAUAAGACUGCAGCAACCUCCUCACGACUUAAUUGUUCAUAAUAGCAAUGUUAUUAGAUUGAAGGCCUUCCUACGCGUUCUAAGUCAAAUAAUGAAAGGCCGCUCGCAAGACUUUGAUUACUUUUCGACCACAGUAAACUCAAAAGACUUUGCAAAACCACAAGUCAAAGUUGUUGUAAAGAAGAAAUCUGAAUAUCCAACUCUGGAAGGUUUUCCAUUAACCACAGAGGAAUUAUUUCUGACUGCGUUGGGUAUACGAUCCUUCGAUCGACAAAUUCUAAGAUUAGAAAAUCUGAGGGUUUUAGACUUGUCAGACAAUAAGCUCUCCUUUCUACCUAAAGAAUUGGGUACCUUGCCGCAUCUCCAGCAUCUCGUUCUGGCACAGAAUCAAUUUGGCAAAUCUCCGCGAUUCAAAUGGGCAUGGCUGGAAUCGGAUGCCAUUAAAAAUAACUUGCGUAUAUUAGAUAUAAGUCACAAUUUCCUGACUGAAUUACCGAUACAAAUUGGGCAAUUAAAUGCUUUAAUAAAUUUGAAAGCUUGCGAAAACACGUUGUUAUGCUUACCAGGCAAUAUUGGAACAUUGAGCAGCUUGGAAUAUCUGGAUGUAUCGAGAAACAAGUUGUUAUGUUUACCAGCAAGUAUAAAACAUUUAAGACUGCGUUAUCUAAACGUUUCACAAAAUUCAUUUUUAAACAUCGAUGGACAGAGAGACGUCGUUCUUAAAAUGGAAAUGCCAAGGCUCACUGAAUUGUCAGCUAGACAUUUUCUAAGAUCUAAGCAAGCGUACGAUGCCAGUCUAAUACCAUACACAUUGGUCAAAUUUUUGAAUGACGCAAACUACUGCAGCACAUGUAGAACUGCUUGCUUCAGUUAUUAUGUACAUAUGCAUAUGGUGCCUACAGACCAAAUAGCUUCUGAUAUAAUAAUGACACAUACAGAACACCCCUUGAUACUAGAAUAUUACUACUGUUCGUUACGUUGUUCACGAUUAAUAAAUUCAUUGUAAAAAUGGAAUGUAA